GAAAAGUGCAAAGUCAUGCUGUGUCGGAAAGCCCAACAAUGGGAGGUGACGUUCUCGCGAGAACCUGCGAGCCUUUAUAUAAACGUUCCAGGAUCCAUUCGCACCGUCAACUCUUCAAAUCCGCUCAUUGGCGACUACUGGUGUAACCCGAGAAGAGUCAAACACAAGAUGGCAGCAGGCAAAGCUAAAAUUGGAUAUCUGGCCCCAGACUUCACUGCCAAAGCUGUGAUGCCAGAUGGUCAGUUCAAGGAUCUGAAGCUGUCAGACUACAGAGGGAAAUAUGUUGUGUUUUUCUUCUAUCCACUGGACUUCACCUUCGUCUGCCCGACUGAAAUCAUCGCUUUCAGCGAAGCUGCUGAAGAAUUUAGGAAAAUUGGUUGUGAAGUCAUUGGCGCCUCUGUGGACUCUCACUUCUCCCAUUUCGCUUGGACUAACACACCACGAAAGCAGGGCGGUCUAGGAACCAUGAAGAUUCCCCUGGUGUCCGACGUACGCCGCACAAUCUCUACAGACUAUGGCGUCCUGAAGGAAGAUGAGGGUAUCGCCUUCAGAGGUCUCUUCAUCAUUGAUGACAAGGGCAUCCUUAGACAGAUCACCAUUAAUGACCUUCCAGUGGGUCGGUCUGUUGAGGAAACGAUGCGUUUAGUCCAAGCAUUUCAGUUCACCGACAAGAACGGAGAAGUCUGCCCAGCUGGAUGGAAACCAGGAAGUGACACCAUCAAACCUGACGUCCAGAAGAGCAAAGACUUCUUCUCCAAGCAGAAAUAAGCACAAGAUGGGAUUCUGCUGUCUGCUGUAGGAGGAGUUCAGAGAUUACAUUUCCAUUUUGAAAAGCUUUUGUGCCUAAGAAGAAAUGUUUAAUGUUAACGUGUCAGUUUAAUUGCUUGCAGAGCUUGUAGUUGUGCACGUGGGACCAAACCAUUUUUUGUAAGAACUGUAUUUAAUGUUGGUUUACUUUUACUGUAUGGGCUUAGUGUUUAUUUGUUCACGUCAGUUGUAAGUUAAUAUUAUUAAUAACAUUGCAUUUUUUACUGGACAAAAUGCUAAGAAAAAAAACAACACUGCACCUCCUUUUACACAUGUCAAUGUUAUUUCAUCAAAAUAAAGACUUAAAAGAUAA